AUGUACAGUUGUAUUUUUAUUUUACCGCUUGGGGUGGUACUCACAUCACAAGACCACAAGUUUCUCUCUUCUCUCUUCUCUCUUCUCUUGCUGUCGUCUUCAAAGUCAAGUACUGGAACAGUGAGCAUCUGUCAAAUUGCAGCAGAAAAUCAAGCCCCUCCAGCGGCAAAUAUGUCAAGGGAUGAAAUUAAGCCGCUUUCAGGAAAGCCAUACUUUCAUGUCGUUAUUGCAAAAUCACACGUUAGUCCUCGAAAUCAACUGGUGCCGAGCGGCAAAAUGUGCCAAAACCUUCCUUUUAGUGAGGUUCCUACUGUUCUCAACUGUCGUGGUAAGAGCUGGAACAUGGCUUAUAAUGGGCAAAAGAAAUACAAGCAGUUUGAUACAAUUGGCUGGAGAAACUUUGUUAAAGAUAAUAAUUUGAAGGUUGGAGACGCGUGCGUUUUUGAGCUUAUGGAAAACAGUGAAGAGAAAAUCGUCUUUGAAGUUCAAAUUCUUAGAGGCAAAUUUCCUGGAACUGAUGAGAGUGAAGAAGAUCCGAUUUUCUUAUCCAAAUUUUCUGGUACCGGUGAGAGUGAUUCCCCAUAUGUCAUCGACUAA